AAUGUACUUUUUUGAACGUAUUGGAAAAUAGAAACAUUUUUUUCUAUUCCUACGUAUUUGUAGGCACAAUUCUACGUGAAGUUAGCUGUUAACGAGAUGAAAAUUGCAUGGUCAGUUGUUGCCAUACGUGGGAUAGAAUUUAUAACACUAACUGCACUACAGAUAAAAGCAUCAUCCAGUUAUCCAUUAACCUACAAAAGUGAACGUCUGUCAAAUAUAUUUCUAUUUUGCAAAUAAAAAAGAUUUAUACUGUUGUGAGAGACUUACAACCUUAAAAAUGAGUGCACCAAUAAGUACAGCAAUGGACAAUUUAACAGCUGCAAUUAGAUCGAAUAUAAUUCCAAAUCAAGAAUACUUAUUACAAGGAUCUGUGUUGGACAGUGCUGUGGAAGUAUUGCUUCACAGAUUACGUGGUUUAUGUGAUAAUGUCGACACAGGACCAGAAACCUUUAAUGACCACGAAAUGUGUUUCAGUAUCAGAGGAGCUGAACAACCAUUACUUUUACGUGUAAGAAGGGCUUUAGAUUAUCAAGAUAUGCCUUGGCAGUUACGUUACAUUGGUCAACCCGAAUUGGGUGACAAAUCAAGACCUACAAUCGUUAGAAGCAGUUUAGACAUAGCAACUAGUAAUACAGUUGUUGAUUUUCUAACAGAGCUUGGAUGUAGGCUAGAUUUUGAAUAUAUUGCACGUGGCUAUAUGUUCCGCAAGGGUAGAAUGAAAGUGACAGUUUCCAAAAUAUUUAAAAUGGGUCAACAAGGAAAAAUACCUGAGAGUAUGGAAGCGAUAUCACAAAGUUACUUAGUAGAACUGAGUGUUUUAGCACCUAGUGGCCAGGAUGCAAUAGCAGAAGAUAUGAGGAUUUUUGCAGAACAAUUGAAACCCUUGGUACAACUUGAAAAAAUCGACUACAAAAGAUUUGUUCAUUAACAUAAAAAGUAUAAAUUGCAUUUUUGCAACUUGUAUCAAUUGUAUUUGUGUAAAUCUUUUUUGUAGUAUAAUUGUAUAUAUAAUGUGAUUUUUUGUAAUUUAAGUUAUAUAAGAAAUAAACAUUUUUAUAUUU